AUGGGUCAGAAGUCAACAAAGAUACAAGAAGCCAAGCUCCUAGAGUAUACGUUUUUGACGAAUGAAAGGAAGCCGCAGAUAGCUAAAAUAAUGGAGAAGAUUUUUGAUGCGUCCAUUCUAUCAUGGAAAACUAUCACUGCCGCAACUGGAACUAUAGGCAAUCCCACAGCUGUUAUGGAAUUGGAGAACACAGAGGAUGACUCGAAGAUCAAUCCCACAAGACCAAGAGUGUAG